UAACGUUCCUACCAAGCAGAAUUCUAUGAAAGCUAGCAUUCGCCAGCAAAAACAUCUAGCACAAAAGUCUCAUUCUGAAAUCACUGUCAAUGAUCUAUCUGUGGAAUUGAAACGUUCAGUUGAAUUGGCCUGUGAGAAGGGUGCCUCCUGCUGGCUGACCGCAAUCCCACUAGAGCAACACGGAUUCACUUUGCACAAAUCUGCGUUUCGGGAUGCCCUGUACCUCAGAUACGGUUGGCACCCGUCCAACCUCCCAGACAUAUGUCCAUGUGGAUCUAAAUUCUCAGUAGAUCACUCUCUGUCAUGUCCAACAGGAGGAUACCCCAGCAUCCGCCAUAACGAGGUCCGCGAUUUAUUUACCAACUUGUUGACAGAGGUUUGCCACGAUGUACACAAAGAGCCCGUUCUGCAACCUCUCAACGGCGAGGUGUUUCAAAAACGCUGUACUACCUCUGACGAAAAUGCCAGACUUGAUAUUGCUGUCAGUGGAUUUUGGGGUGGGCACUUCCAACGAACUUUCUUUGACGUCAGGGUCUUCAACCCUAAUGCCUCAUCCUACAAAUCAGUGCAGAUCCCGUCAUUAUAUAAACGGCAGGAACAAGAGAAGAAAAGGCGAUACGAGGAACGA